CAUUAGGACCCAGCGGAGGGGGAGGCUGGAGGUGGCGGCCCGGCCCGUUCGGGGGCUGGGGAGAAGGGGGAGGCUCUUGGCAGGGAGCUGAGUGGGCAGAGGAGAGAGACCCAGACAGCUCAUCCCUCCAGUUUUACCUCCUUCCUGGCUGCCAUAUUUGUUGUCAUGAGAGCUGCCUACCUCUUCCUGUUGUGUCUUCCUGCCGGGCUGCUGGCGCAGGGUCAGUAUGACAUCGACCCUGAACACGUCCAGUACACGCACUACGGAGACCAGAUUGACAAUCCUGAUUACUACGAUUACCAAGAGUCCACCCACCGCCCCCCAGAGGAACAGCUUCAGUACCAGUCCCAGCAGCAGGUCCAGCAGGAGGUGAUCCCGGCCCCCACUCAUGAAAACUCAGAGACAGAGCCCACAGAGCCUGGACCAUUAGAUUGUAGGGAGGAGCAGUAUCCCUGUACCCGCCUGUACUCGGUCCACAGGCCCUGUAAACAAUGCCUCAAUGAGGUCUGCUUUUAUAGCCUCCGCCGGAUGUACAUCAUCAACAAAGAAAUCUGCGUCCGAACCGUCUGUGCCCACGAGGAGCUGCUGCGAGCUGACCUGUGCCGAGACAAGUUCUCCAGGUGUGGCGUGAUGGCGACCAGCGGCCUGUGCCAGUCUGUGGCUGCCUCCUGCGCCAGGAGCUGUGGGGGCUGCUAGUGGGAAGGGGGCACAGGGAGGGAGCUGGGCCUAGCGGAUGGCCGGGGGAUCUCGGGGUGCACAAUCUGGGCCAGCAGGCCUGAGGGGGACUGGGCUUGAUUCUGUCGUGUGGUUUAAAAAAAUCAUUGGGUCUUAACUCUUUCCUUUUUGUGUGUAAGCAGACUUAAAGGCAGGGCCCCGGAGGGGGGGCCUGUUCUGUGCCCCUUCCUCAAGCCCUCCUGGGUGGAUGGGGGAGGGACGCAGGGGGGCGAUGCCCCAUCCUGCCCAUCCCCCUGCUCCCGGCCGCACUUGCUCACGAGGUCCUGAUGUCAGUGGCAUCCAAGGCUAGAAGGAACAUUAAGUUUGGAGUCCCAGAGCCGGGCUCCAAUCCUGUCUCCUAGUCUGUGUAAACCCAGCCAAGUCAUCAUCCGUGACUCAGUUUCCUUAUCUGUGAAAAGAAAGUUGGCCAUGGUGGCCUCUGAGACCCCUUCCAGCACGAGCCUUGCAGCCCUGCAGCCAGGAACAGCCCAUUCCACGCUGGGAUGGUUCUCACGGUUAGGAAACUUCUCCUUUCUCCCAACGUCAAUCUGCCCCUCUUGGGGGGCCUCGCUGUGCCCUCUGAGCCUGAGAAUAAGGUUCCUCUUCCUUGCCAGCCCUUCAGAUACUUGAAAAUAAGUCAUCUGCCCCCCCCCAAGCUCCCCAGAAGCCUUCAUGUCUCCUGGCUCGACAGCCCAGUUCCUUCGCCCGAUCCCGGCAUGGCUUGGGUUCCCGACCCCUCAGUAUCCUGGGUGCCCUCCUUUGGUGAGAGCCUGCAGUGGGCAUUGCGGCUGGAGCAAAGGAGGGGCCUGGGGCACCGCCUGCUGCUCCUCAUUCCUGGUGCUUCCUGGCACCCCACCCGUUUCCACCAAAGUAAGCCCUCGGGCAGGCCCCUUCUGCUCUAGGUUGGACGUACUGUAGUGGGGUGUCAGAUCAUAUCACUUCUUUUUGUACAAAAUAAAGAAUUUUUCAAGAAAAAAUA